AUGAGUCUCAGGAAAAGCAAUGCCACAGCAGUUAGGGGUAGAGGAGCCAAAAAGAGAGAAAUUAGGCUAAGGAAGAAUUUUAAGGCCAAUUGGGGAAGAUUUUUGGACAACCAUUAUGACCCAAAUAUCCAUAAUAAACCCUUUAGCGCAUCGAUGCAUGCAUCUAAGGACUCUUAUACUUAUUCCUCAGCUGGGCUGAGCCAUAAGUUUGUGAGAUCCUCUGUGCUGCAGAGCUGUGAUUUUGAGCAGAGAAAGGAUCGAACAAAAGCAGUUAUGAGGUUCAAAGAACAAUCUGAGCUCCAAAAUGGAGACGUAGUUGUAGUUAUAGAAUACUGCUCUAACUCUGAGAAGACCCAGUUAUCAACCAAUCACUCUGAGAAAUAAAUACCAAGCCUUUGCGAAAAGAUUCAGGCAUGGAAUUUUGGAAAAAUUUCCUGAUAUUAAGGUCUUUGUCAAGAGCACCCACAAUCCUGACAAGGUAGUUCAUUAUAAAGUGAAUAAAGGUAUCGAUGGAAAUAUUAUUGAAGAUCAAAGAGAGCAGCGAAGAAUAGGAGCAUUUGAAAUAACUCUGUCUCAUCGUCAAGACGAUUUUACUCAGCAUUUUCAGAUAUUUUCGAAACUGAAAUCCCAAAUUUUUCCAAAAUUAGACCGAACACUUUCAAAAAUAUGCGAAUAUGUGCCAAAAUGAAAUCUCUUGAUACAAAUUUGUGAUAAUGUGCAGGAUCCUAGCAUUGAACUACAUCCUGAGAAAGCAGAAGGGAUAGCAGUGAAGCUCAGGAUUUCCUUCAAAGAUACAAAAGCAGCAGAGAAUUUGGACCUUGAUGUUAAGCAAAUUGAAGCUGAGAGAAUGAAUAAGACACCUUCAAAAUCCUCUCAGGCAAGACAAAUCGGCAGUGCUUAUAAAGGCAAUAAUUCAUACAUGAACCGAAGACUUGGUAGUGCCAUAAAUCCAAGAUCUUCAGGGAAUUUUCAUGCUGCUUUUAGGCCUUAUUCUGCAAAGACAGAAUUUAGCAAUACAAGCUCACGAAAUCCUUAUAAUAGGGGCAAUUUUUCUAACAGAUUGAUGUCAAGCCAUAAUAUGCUAAAUAAAACCCCUUCAAUGAAGUUCUUGCCUGAGAGAUCUCAGACUGCAACUGCUACUAAAACAUUAAGAUCAGCAAGCAGUAUUGGAAAAGUUAAAACUUUUGUAAGUCCGUACAAUGUUGGACCUCAAACAACUACAAGUAUGGCUAAGACAUUUGUAAGAAACAGGAAGCCUAAGAAGCCUAAGCCUCCAGUCCAAGAUCUUGUCUUCCAGGGAAUAGUCAGCAAGAAAGGGAUUGUAAUUUUUGAGCAAAUCCCAAGGACUAUGUGUGGGGUAGAGUCAUCAGAAAACGAGUUCUUCAAAAAUGCCUGUAAAACUAUCAAUCUCCCAGCAGAAGCUGUGAAAGAUGGUAAGGUAGAAGUCUACCUUCCUGUUGAAAGACAGGAUGUCUACUCCACCACUGUCUAUAUGCUUCGUAAUGAUCCAAAUGAAGAAGAACAGAAAGAAGAGCAAGCUAAUUUAAUAAAUCUACCUAAGCAUGAAGAGCAGGAUGAACACGCCACACAGAAAUAUUUUGAAAAUCUCACUGUUCGAGCAAUUCUUCUGGAACUAUUCCAACAUAAAGAUUCGAAAUCAGAAUCAGAGGAUUCUGAUUUCUCUGAAUCUGGAAGUGAAAUUGAUUAUGAAGAGGAAUUAGAACAGACGGUUGAUUAUCGAGGAUGUGUGUGUUAUAAAGGGAAACUCUUACCUGGAAAAUACAUGAUCAUUGCGAAAGGAAGAGAAAUUAAAGAGUUUAGUAAGAUAAUUGAAAUCAGAGAACAGCUGACUAACGUCAGCUGUACUCCUGAGCAAGAUUAUCAGAAGGAAAUCUCGGUCCUUGCCUUUAAUGCCAUGACAGGGGAAGAGCUUUCUAAUGUGCUGUUAAGAUUACGUAAAGGGAAUUCGAAAAUCUCAUCAGAAGGAUUGACAAAGUCCAAAGGGGGCUUUGUCUACACAAUUAAUGAAAAUUCUCCUCAUUGUUUGCAAGCAGAAAGGAAGGGAUUCAUUCCUUCCUUUCUGGAGAUAAACCAAACUAGAGGAAAUGAGAGCAAUUCAGUUGUAAAAAUUCCGAUGGUACCUGUCCAGAAAAUCAAGAAGGUAGAAGUCACUGAUCAUGAGACCAAGGAUAUCACUGAGAUGAAGCCUAGCGGCUUUAAAGUUGUGCUAAUCAGUGAUGAUGAGAGCUCUUUGAGCUCUUUAUCUCUCUCACUGAGCUUCACUAUUGCUCACCCUGAGAAUGAUGAUGAAGAAGAGAUUCAAGUUUCAGAAUCUUGCCAACAAUUUGAUAAUGAAACUAUAACUAUGGAAUAUAAAGACCAUGGAGAAUUUGGAAAGUUCAUUGCUUUUCAAGCAAUUGGGGAUGAAAGUACAAAUAAGUGGUUUAGGGUGUCUGCAAAGAUCAACUCACCUAAUUUAACAGAUCCCUCGAAAUUUCAGCUUGAUCAGAAUUUUAAGAACACCUUACAAGAUCACAAUGUGAAAGUAUUGAUAUUUAACCAUAAAAGGUUAAUAUCAGUAGUUUAUUCCCCAAGUUUCAUAACGAAUAUGUCCUACUGGGAUAUAGGCUUUCUGAAUCCUUCAAGGAACAAAUUUAUAAAGGUGAAUGCAACCCAAGAAGAAUUUGUUGGAGCGAAGAGCUAUACAAGGUUCUACAUGAGAUUUUAUAAAUACUUGAACGAGAAAGGGCCAAGCUUUAAUAUCAAAUCCAAGCUUGGGUUUGACUCACAAUCUGCUAUCUUGAAAAGCAAUGAUACUGUUAUUACUGAUGAUAAAGACUUUGUGAAAGCCAUCCAGAGCUUGGAUAUUAACUGGAUCUCUGAGAACCUCUUGGAAGGAGCUUCAGAAAGAACCGAGGGCAUGCAUACUAUCAAAGAUGACAUACUAAAAACCAGGGAGGCUGAACUAAAUGAAUUCUACAAAGUCUUAUCAAACGGGUUUAGGAACUUGUUUGGGGAGAUUUCUCUCAGGAUGACUCAGUCCCUCUUAGAGCCCCAUCUAGGGAUAGUUCCAGCUUCGCCACAGAAGAUGAGGAGGGUGAUCAACAGGUCGUCCAGGAAAAUUUAUUUCUAGUCAAUAAA